CUGUUCCAAUUUUUUUGUUUCUCCAGUAUGUAAUAAAAAAAGUGUCGGCAUGACCAUUUAUUCGUUCCAUCGAAUAUGAAGUUGGCGGAUUUUCAAAAAAACAUGUCUUGCCAAUUUUUUUGUUGUUGUUGUUGUUUGGACUUUUUUCUUUCCCUUCUUUUUCUUCAUAGUUUCAGCCUCCCCUUGUUAUUAUGAUCCGGUUUUUUACUCAUUCCAUAGCAAAAUCGAAUAUAAUAAAAUUGCGUAUGUUUAGUAGUAAAGCUAACCCUUCUUCAGUAUGCAACGAUAAUAAAUUGGAAAACAACAAGAAAAAAGAUGCACAACAACUGCCAUGGAAACCAACCAAGAGAGUAUCAAGAGUCACAAUGGAAAAGAUCAGAUCUCUAGCAGCAAUGUAUCCUGAUCACUACAAUACCGUGUCACUGGCCACCGAAUUUAAAAUAUCACCUGAAGCAGUGAAACGAAUCUUAAAAUCAAAGUUCCAGCCGGAUAUCUUGACUGCUGAACGACAAGAAAAAAAUCGAUACGCUGCAAUGGGUAUACGCAAAAAACAGAUACAAAAUAAAACUAUUACCUUUCCAUCUACGAUUCCUCGAAACAAUACCUACAAUAGAAAAUACAAUGAUGUCAAACGUCAAUCAUCAUUAUCAUCAUCAUCAUCAUUAUCUGCUUCAUGGAAGAAACCUUAGUGAUAACUCCUAGUGAUAGCUUUUAGUGAUGUUUACCUUUUUUUUUUUAUCAUGUAGUCAUCCAUUCAUUAUAUCAUGCAUUUAGAACCAAUAAUAAAAGAAAU